GGCAAAGAACCAUCAACGCUGAGCAAAGGAAGAAACUUAAAAGGAGAGGUCAAAGGAGAAGGAGGCCUAGGGGGAUGGCAUCCAGUGCUACCAGGAAUGUGGAGAAAAAGGGCAGCGGGCAAUCCCAGGCUACAACCUCUGCAGCCUCCUUGGGUGGAGGUCCGAAGGUUUCCCAUUCUGAGGAAUUCCUGACACAGAUCAGCACAGAACUCACUGACGAGGCCUUGUUUGUCGCUGCCUACCGCAUGAAUCCUAUGCCCAUCAAGGAAAAACAGACACAAGACCAAGGGACUCAGAUAUCCAAACACGGGAGCUCUGCGUAGCAGCUUGACAUCUGGAGGGUGAUCCCAACUCUGGUGCUGCUCUUGGCCUCUCGUGCCCUUCCCCCGCUCUGUUCCUCUAGAACAUGCAUCAAAGCUCCUCUUUCACAACUCAUUCAACAGUUCGGUUUUGGGGCGAUUCCUGGUCAUGAGCAACAUCACCCCUGAAGCCUCCAAAGGGUUCUGGAACCAUCACACACCUCUCCACCCUCAGCUAGCAAGGACGCCACCAGAAAGCAAAAACUUUAAUAAAAUGACAGAGAUCCUUCCCUCCUCCCAGGCUGGGCAGUGCUCUCUGUGGGGUGAUGUGGGAGGCGUGCCCCUCCUCCUUUUUGCCAGAUAUGUGGGCAUAUUAUUUUAUUUAUUUCCUAUUCCUUUUUUUUU